GUGAGAGGCGGUGCAUAAACAGAGUGGGCGAAUAUGGCGUCCAGCAAGAAGGGUAGUGGGACUAGCAGACUGGAAAAAGGUGUGAAUGGAAGGCGCUCGUCCAAACACAAAGAGGGUCCACUGGUGAUGGAUACCAAAGCAGUAUUUGCGGCCCUGUACGGUGUGUGCGAAGAAAAUGCAGCUUUCUUCUCAGGGGGAGCCAAGGGGUCACAGGGUGAUGCUGCACGGCGGCUGGUGGAGGCCAUGAAGCAGAUUCAGGAGCACGCUCGCAAUCUGGAACCUGUUAUUUCUGGCUUUGCUAAUGUUUACCAUCACUUUGAUUUUGAUCCACAUAUACCAGCUAAUGGCUAUCGCUCCCUGGUCAAGGUUGUGCGUUGCUGCCUUCUCCACAUCAUCCACAAGGGCCACUACAUCACAGCCAACCGCCGCAGCAUCUUCUUCCGAGCAGCACAUAAUGCAGGGGAAAUGGAGGCGUACUGUAAUGCUCUGUGCCAGCUGCGUGCCCUGCUUUACCUGGCUCAGCGCAUGCUACAUGACAACAGCCACGGCAAUUUGUUUUUCCAGGAUGAAAGCGGGCUCAGCGAAAGUUUUGUCCGUGAAUAUGCAUCCAUGCACAAGGGUUGCUUCUAUGGCCGUUGUCUGGGCUUUCAGUUCACUCCAGCCAUUCGCCCCUUUCUUCAGACCAUCGCUAUCGGCCUUGUGGCCUUUGGAGAAAACUACAAGCGGCAUCAGUCAGGAAUAGUGGAAGCAGGAGGUAUUGCACCAUAUGCUCUUUCUGUGCCUCCUGCGACCUUUGACCUUCCCUUGGCGGCCAACCACAGAGCAUCAGUAACUAUAGCUCCACCAUCAGCGCACAUCGGCACUGCUCCUGUUCAGAUGAGACUCAUUUCUUAUGAUCUGCGUGAAGGACAGGACAGUGAAACACUGCUGUCUCUGUCCCGCUCCGAGGGGGGUGCUAUCUCUCUUUCCCUGGGGCUGAAGACCAAGCGCCUCCCCUCUUCUCCAUGUCUCCUGAUCCAUUUCCAUGGUGGAGGCUUUGUGGCACAGACCUCAAAGUCUCAUGAGCCCUAUCUAAAGAGUUGGUCCCAGGACCUUGGUGUUCCCAUACUGUCAGUGGACUACUCUCUGGCCCCUGAGGCACCCUUCCCACGUGCCCUAGAGGAAUGUUUCUAUGCCUACUGCUGGGCUUUGAGAAACCACCACCUAUUAGGGUGGACUGGAGAGAAGGUGUGUCUGGCUGGUGACAGUGCAGGAGGCAAUUUAUGUGUGACGACAUCGAUGCGAGCUGCUGCUUUUGGUGUGCGAAUGCCAGAUGGCAUCGUGGCAGCCUAUCCAGCUACCCUGCUGACAGCCUACGCAUCCCCUUCCCGUCUGCUAACACUCAUGGAUCCCCUGCUGCCACUCAGUGUGCUCUCUAGGUGUCUCAGUGCCUACGCAGGCAGUGGGCCACAGACCGAGAAGCAGGUGGAGAAGGUGAGCACGCUGAGCCUGGUGAGGAGAGACACUGCACUUCUGCUGCGAGAUUUCCGACAGGGAGCCUCCAACUGGAUCCACUCUCUGCUCGAUUCUAGCAGAGCUCCAGCCUCCACCAGCACAGCACCAGAGGCACCAACAGAAGCCACAGAUGCAGUGAGGAAGAGCAUUUCGGAGGCGAACAUCUCUUCUCCUCAUACAGACCCACCUGUCCCCACGGAUCUUUCGGAGUUCCCCAACAGGAAAUUAUCAGUGAAGAGCCAGACGUGCCAGAACUUGGGAUCCCACAGCAAUCCCAUUCCCAGCAGUGCACCGCUGCUCUCUGAGCGUGCUCCAGAAGAUGUCAGUUUCUUCUUUGCCAAAGAUGAAGAUCCCUCAGUGAUCACUGACCUGUCUUCAGUGGCCAUACCACCCCCUGCUGGAGAGGAGGGCUCACAGCAGGAGCACCCCAGGGAAUUUCCUCUUGGGUUUGAGCCACUGCGCUCAGAGCAACUAGCAGAGAUGAAGGUGGAGAGCUCUCCAGUGGUCAAGGAUCCUUUCUGCUCACCUCUGCUAGCCCCUGACAGCAUGCUGAAAGGGCUGCCACCUGUACACAUAGUGGCUUGUGCACUAGACCCCAUGCUGGACGACUCUGUAAUGUUUGCCAAGCGUUUGAGGAACAUAAACCAGCCUGUCACUCUCUGUGUGGUGGACGACUUACCCCAUGGCUUUCUCAGCCUAUCUCAACUCUCAAGGGAGACAAGGGAGGCUGCCAAUGUCUGCGUGGAGCGAAUUCGCGCCGUCUUCACACAGGACACACCCCCAGAGCCACGGAAGCACCGCAAGUUGGAACGGACCGACGGGGGUGUGUCAGCAUCUUCAGGGGAAACCAGUUCUCUCUUUGUUGGCCCCACUGAGGGAGGAGAGCUAGCUGUCGGGAGAGGGGCUAAAAUUGCUGAUGGGGAGGGCGCAGUUGCUGUGGCAGCCCAGAAUAACACUGAUGCUGGUGGCAUUGGGGCUUAAAUAAGGCUAUAUAAUAAAAAAGGGGGACUGCAUUUCACUCGAGGAGCGAAGAGAGAAGGAGUAAAUGAAAGUCGGACAAAUUUAGGCAGCGUAGUGCCUAUAUGCAAGGCAAAGCAUCCUGAAAACAGACAGGGGGUGGGAAAUGCAGUCUAGCAUAUCGCCCAGUGUUUGAGAGACAAAAAAAACAGCAGAGGAGGAGCACUGAAAUAUAACUUCCUCUGCUUUACAAUUCCUGCCACUUGUCUGUGCACCAUUAUACACCAACGCAAAUCUGGCAGACAAAGUGAACACACCCACAAGAGACAGUCAUGUUUUAGAAUAAAAUUAUUUAGCAGCUACUUAGAUCAAAGACCAGCACUCACCCACACACACACAGCAGUCGUACUUAACAGAGUUGCUGUGAGGCAGCAAAGGCUCGGACAUAAAGAGGCACAGACUAUUCUCGAGACGAGGCCUGAAUGGGUGAUUCAUAUAGGGCGAGGCAGUGAUUCGAGGCCCUAAUCAGAUAGUAGUAGGGACACUAUAUGCUUCAGUGUGGAGUCACCUCUAUCAGAAUGGCCAUUUGUCCGUUAGGGAGGGACUCUAAAUAACACUUAAUAGCUCCACAUUGUGUUCUCAAUUACGCCAGUUUAGCAGUCAAUACAGCUCACUUUGUGGAUGGUAACUGUGUAGACUCUCUCUCUAAAAUAGAAUUACAAAGCUAGAACAACAGCGUGAAACACUUGAAACUGGAUAAUUGAUUCACUUCUUUUCUCAUAUUUGUUGCAGUUUUAAAUCAUUUUAUGAAUUCUAUGCAGUAGUAUUAGUUUUGUUAUUUAUAUCAGUUUUUAUUGCAGUUAUGCCAGGCUUAAUUGUUCUUUUCUGUUCUAUAUUAUAUAAUGAACUCUUUUCAUUUCUUUCCCCCCAUGUUUUUCAGUGUGCUGAAUAUUUACCUCUGCUUUUGUGUGUGUGUGUAGCAGCAGCUGUUCUGACAUCGCUGGCUUUUCCAAUUAAGCUUCUGUUCUACCCUCAGCAAUAUACAAUGAUCAGAGUAAAUGUAGAACAUUACACAGGCACAGAGUGCCCUGCCUUGUGCAUUUUUGUAGUGAUAUAAUAAUGCUAGUACAAAGACUGGACUGCAUUAGUUUGUAGACAAGUACACUUAGGAUACAUCUUGUAGGUCUUUCAGUGACAAUCAUUGCUUUGAUAUUUUAAAAUGUUUUUUCUUUUUUUCUUUUUUUUCCUUUUUUUGUUA